UCUAUGCCUUAGAAGAAUCCAUGAGUAUUCGGCUCUGGUGAUGUUUGGUUUACAUUUCUGACGUUUUUGGAGUUGGGCCUAUAUUUUACAGGCGCCUCAGGGCGUAUAUAGUAAUGAAAGCGUUAACGGCAACUUACCAAGUCGUUUUACCAGAUCAUCGUUUGCUCUAGCAAGCUUAUCAAGAGAUACAAUGAUCUAAACGGCACUUACCAAGUCGUUUUACCAGAUCAUCGUUUGCUCUUCUAUACAAGCCACGUCAGACGCCAUGCCAGUUCCGCGAAAUCAGCUAAUUCUAAAUCACGUGAUAGAACCACGUGACAAUUCUUCAAAAGAGGAAAGUCUUUCCGUCCGCCAUGGCGUUCAACAUCGAGACAGAAAAACCGGACCCUAAUUUGAUUAAAUUGUUUGGACUAGAGAAUAAUCAGAGAAAACUCAGUUUGGUAAAUGAUGAAUAUGGCAGCUUUGAAAAUCUUGUAAAGAAAGCAAAAGACGGAGAGAAGGAUGCACAGAAAUUGCUUGGUACAGUCUAUAGUGAAGGACUACCCGAGCUUCAAAUCCCCAAGGACCUAGAAAAGGCGAUUGGUUGGCUUGAAGCGGCUAUAAACUGCGAUAUCCCAAGCCCAAUUACUAUUUACCAGCUAGCUGUUUUACACGAUCUUUCUCUGACUCUCUCACAUCGCCGGAGAGCUUAUGAAUUGUACCAAAGAGCAGCAAAUAUGGGCCAUGUAAUCUCCCAGUUUAGCCUAGGUGAAGUUUUUCGAUGUGGUAUUGAGGGAAUUGUCAACGAAGACCUUAAUGAGGCUUUUAAAUGGUACAAGAAAGCAGCAGGGGAGAUAAAAGAAAUGGGGGAUGAGUACCAGCCCUACAUUAGAGGAAUGAUGAGAUUUAUAGGGAAAUCAAGCCAAAUUAAAGCUCUAAGAACAUUGAGUAAGUGUUAUGAAGAGGGAGAUUGUCCGGAAGGAAAGCCCUGCCCGUUGAAGGCGUUUUACUAUCUUAGUAAAGCAGCAGCAGAGAUGGAUGACCCAGAAUCUCAGAAGGAGCUUGGCUUGGUUUACUUGAAAGGGGGGUGUGGGCAAACCAAGGAUCAACAGAAAGCAGAGAUGUGGCUAGGAAAAGCAUCCGAAAAUGGAGAUGACGAAGCCAAAAGGGUUAUGCUCAAAUUAAAAGAACAGGGAGCCAUGAUUGGCACAGACUCCUCUCAGCCUCAGAGUGAUAAGGAUGACAUAAUGGAUCUCAUCAAAAACACCUUAACCCUUUCAAAUAGCCCUGAAGACACCAUGCAUCCAUUCAUUAUCAAAAAUCCAAUACUUUUUCAGGAAUCAAUGUUCCUUGCCUAUCCAGAUUCUCCAACUGCACAACAUUACCUGAAGGCUUACAGAUAUGCAAAGGAAGGGAUUGAAUUGCUGCAACAAAGCAAUUUCACUGAUCGUCAAGGAGUUAAGCUUCUAGCUUGGGGUUACUUGUAUGAAGACUCAAUUUUUCAAGCUUUUCCAAUAAAACAACAUUUUAAAGCACCCCUACUGACCUUAAUUCUCCAAAAGGAUGAUCCUUUGUUCUUUGAGGGCUUACUGAUGCUAAUAGCCCUAACACAACCCUUCAAACUUUAUGACACAAUUGAUGCCAAAAAGAUAAUGGCCUUUAAAAGUCUAAUUCAUUUAAUUAAGAAAGCCGAACCAAAUGGGCAACCCAAGGAUGCCGAUCCCUAUCAGUUUGAGAAGAGCUACAGCAGUUGGCUUCAUGUACUUUACUAUCUUCUAGCCUUCCUAUACACUGUUGGGGAAUGUUAUCAGUUUGGUGCAGAGGCAUUCCAGAAGUCAUUAGAGUGCUGUCCUAAGUUCUUUGAGGCUAAAAUAGGCAUUGCCUAUUGCUUACAAAAUAUACGCAGCUUCAUCAAGGAGCGUGACACAUCUGCAGCCGAAGUUAAAAGCUCAAGCAAAAAUGAGGACAAAUAUAUCAAGAUUUAUACAAAUGUCAACACUGACCUCAUUUUUAAAACGGAUUUCCUAGCAAUGUCAGAAAAUGAGUUAUUGCGUCGGGAAAGAAGUUUCUACAUGGAUUUUCUGAAGGAAGCUCCAUUAUGUGAUAAAAAGUAUCCAAAUUGCUGCUACUACCUUUCAGGUAGUUACUUCAUUGAAGGUGACAUGAAAGAAUUUAUGAGAUGGUGGAACAAAGGGCAGGAAUCUGAGGCAAAGAGGUUACCAUUCUUGGGGGCGGUGGACUUCCCUGUGAAAAACAUGCUCAAACUUUUCUCAAUGCUUCCUGAAAAAGGAAGGAGGACUACAUCAGAAUGCAAAACUCAAGAGAAUAUCCAAUCUCACUGUAGCAACAAACUUUGCAAAAAAAACAAUGAGUCAAAAACUCUGAUGAACUGCCCUUGCAAGGUUGCAUUCUACUGUGACAAAGAUUGCCAGAGAGAGGAUUGGAAGUAUCACAAAAAGGUAUGCACUGCCAAGGGUAGACAGAAGAAAUAAGGCAUGCAUUGCAAAGGGUAGACUGAAGAAAUAAGGUGUAUAUUGCAAAGGGAAGACAGAAGAAAUAAGGCAUAUACUGCAAAGGGAUGACAGAAGAAAUAAGGCAUGUACUGCAAAUGGAUGACAGAAGAAAUAAGGUGUAUACUGCAAAGGGAUGACAGAAGAAAUAAGGUGUAUACUGCAAAGGAAUAACAGAAGAAAUAAGGUGUAUACUGCAAAGGGAUGACAGAAGAAAUAAGGUGUAUACUGCAAAGGGAUGACAGAAGAAGUAAGGUGUAUACUGCAAAGGGAUGACAGAAGAAGUAAGGUGUAUACUGCAAAGGGAUGACAGAAGAAAUAAAGCAUGUACUGCAAAUGGAUGACAGAAGAAAUAAGGUGUAUACUGCAAAGGGAUGACAGAAGAAAUAAGGUGUAUACUGCAAAGGAAUGACAGAAGAAAUAAGGUGUAUACUGCAAAGGGAUGACAGAAGAAAUAAGGUGUAUACUGCAAAGGGAUGACAGAAGAAAUAAGGUGUAUACUGCAAAGGGA